AUGCUUCAUUGGAGCCUACCGCCGCUUCUCAGCAGUUUGUUAAUGGUGCUGACCGCCUCAAAUCUGGGCGGCUCACAAACAAGCGCGCCAACAAUCAAGUACACUGCAACUCUUGACGAAAACGCUGUGUGCCUUAGCGAGGUCAAUGCUGCACGUGAGGCUGCUGGGUUGGCAAACUUCAAAGAGGCCCCACAGGAAAACAAAUUAACUGAUCCACAAACAGAACUAGAAGAAGAGUGGAAAAAGGUUUGCACACAUUUGAUUCCAACAGAAGAAACGGGAGGGGCGACUAAGUCAAGCUCAACAAAUCCAUUUAAAGAUGGAACAUAUGCUUUCAAGCCCUUAGAUGACGCAGAGCCCAACUGUAAGGAAACAGUGGAUUACUGGAAGGCAGCCUUCAAAAACUUCACUGGUCUGCCGCCAUCGAAGACUGAAGGCACAGACCUAUACAAAAAGCAAGACAAUGUUUCUUUUGUGGCCCUAUACAAUCCUUCAUCUAACGCCACUGCGGACUGCCGAGUCGUUACUUGCACUCAAACGACUACCUCCGGUUCACUUCCUGCAACCGCGACAAGUGGUGGGGAGGGCGGAACAACGAAAAAUGGCUAUGCAUUGAUUUGCAAGACGAUGCCUACUGCUUUUGCAAAUGACACCUCUGCUCCGUUCACGCAAGAGCAGUGGGACAGAAUUAAAUCUUCUCUCACAGGAUCAGCGUCUAUAGCAGCUCCAAGCCUAGCUGCUCUUUUUAUUGUGGCGUUAGGCAUUACUUCUAUAUGA